AUGGCUGGAUUGCGGAAAAGGACAAACCGGAAUACGUUAGUGGAUGAUAGUGGUAAUGUAUUAUUAGACGUAGAGAGCAAGAAAUCUACUUGGAAACUCUAUGUUGAAGACAUAUUCGCAGAUGCAACUAGAAGAAUCACAGUAACACCAGGAAAUGAAACUGGACCUCCUAUAUUGAGAGCAGAGGUAGUAAAAGCUCUAAAGAGAGCCAAAACUGGAAAAUCUCCAGGUCCAGAUCAAAUUCAUGUGGAGAUUCUCCAACUAUUAGAGGAACACCUUGUGGAUGCGGUAACCAACUUCUUCAACUGUAUUUAUGCAACGGGGAUUAUGCCGAAGGAUUGGUUAAAUUCAACGUUCAUCACCCUCCCGAAGAAACCUACGGCUAAGAAAUGCACAGAAUAUCGCACAAUAAGUCUGAUGAGUCAGGUCUUAAAACUUUUUCUCUCGAUUAUACAUGAGAGGAUUAGAGGCAAAUGCGAUGCACAAAUUUCGGAGAGCCAGUUCGGGUUCAGAUCUGGAGUAGGAACCAGAGAAGCCUUGUUCUCAUUGAAUGUGCUUGUUCAAAAAUGUCGAGACUUACAGACAGACGUCAUUAUAUGUUUUGUUGAUUACGAAAAGGCCUUUGACCGUGUCAAACACGAGGUACUUCUGGUAAUAUGCGUCGUCUGCAAGAAGUCGGAAUUGAUGGCAGGGAUAUGA